AGAGGGAGGGAAGGAGGGAGGCAGCGUACGCGGGCGGGACGGGACGGGCAGCCGGGCGGAGGAGGCGGCGGCGGCGAAGAAGAAGUCACUGGGCUCGGCUUCGGUGGAGGGAGCCGAUGUGGCCGGAGCGGAGGCGCCAGCACGGCCCGAGUCCCGGUUAAUGCGAAGCGCAGCGGGGAGCCGCCAGAAUGAAACGAGGAAGGAAAACUGAUGAGGCCAACAGCAGUUCAUCUGAAGAGACAACUGAGAAAGAAUCCAAGAGACACAAGGUUAUAGACGAGAAAACCGUAGCUGUGCAGAGUCCUGACUGGGCAAACCUGCUUCAAGACAUUAUCCUGCAGGUGUUUCAGUACUUGCCCCUUCUGGACCGUGCUCACGCAUCGCAGGUCUGCCGAAGCUGGAACCAAGUGUUUCAUAUGCCUGAUCUCUGGAGGUGUUUUGAGUUUGAACUGAAUCAACCAGCUACGUCUUACUUGAGGGCUACGCAUCCUGAACUAAUCAAGCAAAUAAUAAAGAGGCAUUCCAAUCACCUGCAGUAUGUAAGCUUCAAGGUGGACAGUAGCAAGGAAUCUGCAGAAGCUGCUUGUGAUAUUUUGUCACAGCUUGUGAAUUGCUCACUGAAAACGCUUGGGCUAAUUUCAACUGCCCGGCCAAGCUUCAUGGAUUUACCAAAGUCUCACUUUAUUUCUGCACUGACAGUGGUGUUUGUAAACUCCAAAUCCCUCUCUUCACUUAAGAUUGAUGAUACACCAGUAGAUGAUCCAUCUCUCAAAGUGCUAGUGGCUAACAACAGUGACACGCUCAAACUGUUGAAAAUGAGCAGCUGUCCUCAUGUUUCUCCAGCUGGUAUCCUUUGCGUGGCUGACCAGUGUCAUGGCUUACGGGAAUUGGCGCUGAACUACCAUCUGCUGAGUGAUGAGCUUCUGCUUGCUUUGUCUUCUGAAAAACACGUCAGGUUAGAACACUUGCGCAUUGAUGUUGUCAGUGAAAAUCCUGGACAGACUCAGUUCCACACGAUUCAAAAGAGCAGCUGGGAUGCUUUCAUCAAGCAUUCUCCUAAAGUAAAUUUAGUCAUGUACUUUUUCUUGUAUGAAGAAGAGUUUGACCCAUUCUUUCGUUACGAAAUACCUGUCACUCACCUUUACUUUGGAAGAUCAGUAAGCAAAGACGUACUUGGCCGCGUUGGGAUGACAUGUCCUCGGUUAGUUGAACUGGUGGUGUGCGCCAACGGAUUGCGGCCGCUGGAUGAGGAGCUGAUCCGUAUUGCGGAACGUUGCAAGUAUCUGUCAGCCGUUGGCCUAGGAGAGUGUGAAGUCUCUUGCAGUGCCUUUGUCGAGUUUGUGAAGAUGUGUGGUGGUCGUCUCUCUCAGCUUUCUAUUAUGGAGGAAGUUUUGAUUCCUGAUCAGAAAUACAGUUUAGAGCAGAUUCAUUGGGAAGUUUCAAAGCAUCUCGGUAGAGUCUGGUUCCCAGACAUGAUGCCCACGUGGUAAAGUCCUUAAAAGACUUCAGGGUGGGUGGAAUAGCACCUUAAACCCAAGCUUACCAUAUUGUAAUUUACUGUAUAAGCUUACUUAAUACUGUAGUUUUUACUAUAAGUUACUCCACUGUUUGAUUAGAAAAUUAAUUUUUCAUUCAAGAGUGAUUUAUGAAAUCCAGAUUGAAAAAUAGAAAUCACGGAUAGCUCCAAAACCCAUUUUCCUCCAAACAAAAAUCUGGUUUAGAUUUGUUCUUUUUCAUUGAUGGUGACGUAAGACUUUGACGGAAAUAAAAAACGUAUUUAAAAUAUUGAAAUGUACGUGCAAAAUACCAGUUUUAAUAUGCUGCCCUUCUUUGACUUAGAUACUAGUAUUGGGCACGAUCAGAUUUGAUUUUAAAAAACAAGCAAAACCCCACCAAAAUUGCAUGUUUCUGUUGCAGAAUUACAGCAUUUCUAAAUUCAGUCACCUAGAUGACAAGAUUAAGAUUAUAAGGAGUAUUUAGUAGGCUGUGAAAUACACACGUUCUUUUAUAUAAACGUCGUAAAAGGCAAGAGCAAUACACAGUAAUAUAGUUUAGACAAUUAAAAUACUAAGUUUGCUACCUUAUUCAACAGAUUAUUAGAUCCGUCUAAAAUGUAGUUAAGAGAGCAAACAAAUAGUAGUGCGAGCUACCAAAAGUGGUGUGGGUUCCCCCCCCAUACAUUUUAAUGUAGUUUGCUUAUGGGGGCUCAGAUCUGUGUCUAAACCUGUUUUAAGGUAUUUUACGUCUAGCUCAGGAAGCGAAAGCAUUCUGGGGACAAAUGUAGAUACAUUGUAUUUAAAAACACAUCGGAGUUAAUGAGCUGUUCUUGCGCGUUAACUGGUUUUGCAGCAUAGGUUUAGGUGGAAUAAUGUAGUGUUUAGUAAAUGAACCCUGCAGUGUUAAAUGGGAUGACGUGGGCGUGAACGGUGUGAGACAAGAAAGUUAAAAUUUGAAUGGUGACCAAGAACCUUUUAACGAAAUCUUAGACCUUUUGGCUGCUUUCAAUUUGAGAGAAAUGACAUUGUAACAGUUGCUUAAGCUGUAUAAACUAAUUGUAUACUGUAAAUCUGUUUCAGAAAUGUUUAUGUAUAAAGUGAAUGUUUGAUAGAUGAUCAUUUUGUAUACCUUUAAUUCAGCUAGUUUGAUCAUUUCAUAAUAUUUAAAAACCUAAAAGCAGUAAACUUGCGUGAAGUAGAGCAGUAGGCAAAAAUCUGUUUUGAAUACUUGGUUAAAUCGAUUUUUAUUAAAGAAAGUUUUUAGUCUGUAAUUGGUGUAGGCAACACAUUGCCUGUGA